AUGUCAUGUUCAGAUGAAAAAAUUUACGAUGUGGAGCGAAUCAUCAAAGACAGAACAAUAAAGGGAAAGAAGCAGUACCUGAUCAAGUGGGUUGGGUAUCCUGAGAGCGAGUGCACGUGGGAGGACGAGAACAACAUGUUCUGUGACGACAUGGUACGCGAAUACGAGGAGAAUAAGAGAAAGAAGAAAGUGCCUGAAAAGAAGAGGCCUGAAAAGAUGUUCAGGCUUCAGGUAACAAAUGAGUGGGACGACAUCAUCAAAAAGGUGGUGAGCGUAAGCAGAAGCAACAGCGGAAGUCUGGAAGUGGAGUACGUGACUGUUGAUGGGAAGAAGGGCGUAUGUAAUGCAGCAGAAAUUCAUUCUAAGGCGCCAAUCAGACUGAUUGAGUUCUACGAGGCAAAUCUGAGUUUUCCGGAGUAG